UGGGGUUUACGAUGUCAUCAAUUUAUGUGUAGUUGCUUAGUAACAUUGUAUACAACAUGGUGGACAACUGAACAGGUUGAAGGAUAAAGGUGCAAGUAGAUUUGGGUUCUGAAAAGCUGUUCUAACCAUGGCAGCAACAGUGACCUCUCCCAGAACAGCUUCUACUGGCCGGGUGAGGAAUAUGGCUGACUUCCGCGCCAAACGGACCGAGGCUAUGCCCAAAAACAGCUUAUUUGGCUCAAUCUUAGAGCAUCGAUCCAAACAAGAGUUGGAAGAUGCCAAAAAUAUUGAUCUCAAUGCUGUUCAGUUUGAUGAUUAUAAGCCAACUAAAAGACCACCAAAGCAGUGGACUGUUCCAGAACAUAUUAAAGUUAAUCAUCGAUUUGCAGGAGAUGAGUCAUUUCAAACUGAAAAGGCUAAGCUAGAAAAGCAGCUCAAACAGGCUGGAGACGCAACUAAACAGCUAGACAAACUAGGUGUGGAAUCCCUAUAUUUCAGAGCUCCAAAUGCUAAUGUUACUGCUGGAGAGACUCACAUUCCUGAGACUCCUCAACCAAGCCAGUGGUACAACGAAACACAUGUUAACAAUGCUGAGAAGAUCAAUAUUGUAGGACUUAAAGACACAAAGGGAUUUGAUUACCAGAAGUCUAAAGAAAAGCCACCUGUCCAUCAAUACUCUAUAAUUGGUGAUCCUUUAAGACUUGGCAUGGAGUUCAAUGAUAAAGAACAAACUUCCUAUAAAAGUCACAUGUUUCCGCUUGAUGUAAAAUCAUAUGGAAAUAAACCACAGAUGGGACGCAGGGCAAAGUUUCCAAUAGGAAAUGGGUCUAAUGGAAUUUCUGAUGUCCCACUAAAUAUACAACAUAAAUUUGGUACCAAAAUCUGCCGAAGUGCCCUUUCAGAUUUAGACAAAGUGCAAGAAAGUUUAAGAGCCACUGAAGAAGUGAAGAACAGCAUUCAUCGUAAACCACGACGUCGGUCACAAACAGUGCCUUUAAGUCCUAGUUUACUCAAUCCUAAGUAUGAUCAAAUAAGCAAUGGACUAAGAUACAAUGUUUUCCCUGGUUAUAACUUCACCACAAAGAGUGGUGUUACACAUGAGGUUCACAACAUGGACCCACAUGAGAGGAGAUACAAAGACCCAGAUGAGUGGAGACAUACACAGGAUGAGCUAGGGUUUUGGAGUGAACAUAAUAUUCUCCGCCAAAGAAUGAAGAAAAGUUGGAAUGACUAUCUUGAUUCAUUGCCAAAAGCAGAGGCAAAUUGGGACAGAAAUGCCAAAAGGCCACCACCAAAACCUGUGGAACCACCAAAGCUGAAACCUAAAAAGGCAAAACCUAAACCAAAGAAACCAGAUAUGGUGUUGGAAAAUAUUGAGUUUAAGACUCCACCUUUGACUCCACCUAAACCAAAAGUGGAGCAGGUCAAAUUACAACCAGUGCAAAAACAAAAUGAUGACUUCUGGGAGUUCUAUAACCAACCAGUUCCUCUCCCAUAA